AUGUCUUGUGCUUGGAGUACCUAUUUCGAAGAAACACGUCCUGAAGUUUAUCGUUUUCUGGACUUCUACGAGUAUCGAUUACAACAAUCUGACUUUACCUUUUCUUUUCGUAAAGAAUCCGACAAACUGAAAAAGGAUCUUAGUAUUCUAAUAACAAACGGUCCGGACAAAAUGGAGGGUGCUAGUCUACUUAACAAAAGUUUUAAGGCAAAGUUUUUUCUAUCAUCGUUUUCUGCAUGGCUAGCUGGCAAAGGGAGGCUUCCACAGCUAUGGUGGGUACCUGCUUGCUGUCCACCUUACGGAAGAGCUUCUGGAUCAAUAAUGCAUAACACCAUAAAAGUUGUUGAUACUGCCAUCGAAAAUGCUUGUUCCACCAUUGAGAAUGUCAAUACUAGACUGAUGAACCCAAGAAAACGUGUAUAUAACGUCACAGUUCCCGAAGGUAUCAAAAAAAUUAAAGGCUCCUCUACACCGUCUAUCGAUGAAAAUAAUUCGGAGAAUGGUUUUAGAGAAGCAUCUGAAUCAAUGGUUGGGAGAGUAGAAAGAACUCCAUUAAUAGUAGACAAAAUUGACCUGUUGGAAUUUUUAAUGAAUGCGGAAAUAACUUUGAGUGAUUUAUGUCAUAGCGCAAUUAUGGACAUGAGACCAACUUCACGCUUCACGGAUGAAAUUUCGGAAGAAUGUUGGGAUAAAUUUGUACUAGAAUUUUUCAAGAAUGGACUUCAUAAAGAAAUUGAUGAAAACAAAAAAGGCCUAGUAGAUGCUAUCUACAAUAUUCUUGGACCAUAUAUCAAAGCAUUCGAAGCACCGUUCAGCAUAUUAAAGUUAAGUGACUUCCGAGAAAAUCAGUACAACGCACGAUUCAUAAGUCCGAUAUUAGAGAAUACAAUGUUUGUAGCAUUGACUGGAGAAUUAGAAAGUAGCAAAGCUCGUCGUAAUACAGGUCUAAAUCCAAUCAUUGAUACAGUUUUAGGAGCAAAGUGCACAGAUGGGCUCGCUUGUCUCUGGAGAAAUGGAAUGUGUGAUCACAAAAAUCUUGCAAGUUUCAGUGCCUUUGGCCAUCGCACUGAAGUAUCUUUAUUUUGGAUGACAAUACAUCAGAAGUCAUAUUGUCUUCGUGAAUAUGGAACCUUCAAGAUCCCUACAGCUUGA